AUGAGGCUCGGCAAAGUUUGAGAGGCACAGCGGCAGCGGAGCGAGGAGCCGGGGUGUGGGGUCUGUUUAACUGUUUCUGAACGGGACAACUGAGAGGCGAGCAGAAAAAUAAAAGAACCCGGGAAAAGUUGACGGAGUGAGCUGGGACCCCCCCCCCACUUUUGUUAUGAACUUUAUUAAACAAGUAGGGGAAAGGGAAACUGCUAACCGAUGACUACUGUAAACAGUGGCAAUGACGAAUUUGACUUUAGACUGAUAUUUGGUGAAGACGGUCCGCAGCCUGGACUAGGCCCUGCAGGUGCACGUUUCUUUGAGACUUCAGAUUUACUUUGUCCAGUGCCAGGACUACGAAAUACACGAUGCUUUGUGCCACAUCAGCAGAUACAGAGCCAGAUGAUUCUGCAUCAUUUUACAUCUUUAAUGAAGGCCACCUUCAAUCAAGCACAAUCCAACCAAUAGGUGUACAUCACCAUGAAACACAGACACAUCCUACAACGUUUUCAUCACCACAUCGGCUGCAGACCUCUAAUAUCCAUGAGUCUAAAUAUAAUCCUGUAGGUGCUCCAAAAGCAUUUGAAUGCCCGAGUAUUCAAAUCACCUCUAUUUCUCCCAGUUGUCAGCAAGGAAUAGGGCCUAAUGAAGAAGUGCAUGCAAAUGGCACAGAUAAUGACUAUAUGGAAAGACCGUCCAGGGACCAUCUAUAUCUUCCUCUUGACCCUGCUUAUUACAGGGAUGCAUCACUAAGCCCAAGUCCUGCUAGCAGCAUUUCUUCCAGGAGCUGGUUUUCGGAUGCUUCUUCAUGUGAAUCUUUCUCUCAUAUAUAUGAUGAUGUAGACUCUGAAUUGAAUGAAGCAGCUGCUCGGUUUACACUUGGUUCUCCUAGUGGGUCACCUAGAUGUUGCCCAGCAGAUGAGACAUGGCAGCCAAAUUACUCAUUUGCACAAUCGCUAUCGCCUAGACAAUCACCCUGCCAUUCACCCAGAGCUAGUGUUACUGAUGAAAACUGGCUCAGCCCUCGCCCAACUUCAAGGCCAUCUUCUAGGCCCACUUCUCCUUGGGGAAAGCGGCGACAUUCAAGUGCGGAGAUCUGUUAUGCUGGUUCACUUUCACCCCAUCAUUCACCAACACCAUCUCCAGGUCAUUCCCCAAGAGGAAGUGUCACAGAGGAUACAUGGCUUGGUAAUUCUGCUCUUCAAGGUGCCUCAAGUCUAAGUCCUGGGCUCAUACCUUUUCAGUGUUGUCCCCCAGAGACUGACAUCCCUUUAAAAUCAAGGAAGACUUCUCAGGACCAGGCUGUUACAGUGUCAGGAAAAAUAGAUUUGACUUCAGAAGAUCAGGGAAGUUUGUCACCUUCAGUUGAAUCUCCAGUCGAUGAUCUUUGUGGCUCUCCACAUCCUUUAAAGAAAGAUUUGUCAAGUGAACAGUUUCUUUCUGUUCCCUCACAUUUCACUUGGAACAAACCAAAACCUGGUGGCCAUACACCAAUUUUUCGUACAUCAUCGUUGCCUUCUCUAGACUGGCCCUUGCCAAGUCAAUAUCUGCAGUAUGAACUAAAGAUUGAAGUGCAGCCGAAGACCCAUCACAGAGCUCACUAUGAGACUGAAGGGAGUCGAGGAGCUGUGAAAGCAUCUUCUGGAGGACACCCGGUUGUUAAGCUUCAAGGUUACAAUGAAAAGCCAAUCAACCUGCAGAUGUUCAUUGGAACUGCUGAUGAUCGCUAUUUAAGACCACAUGCAUUCUACCAGGUGCACAGAAUCACUGGGAAGACUGUUGCUACAGCUAGCCAGGAGAUUAUAGUUACCAGUACAAAGGUUCUUGAAAUUCCUCUUCUACCUGAAAACAAUAUGACUGCCAGCAUUGACUGUGCAGGAAUUUUGAAACUACGCAACUCUGAUAUUGAACUUCGCAAGGGUGAAACUGACAUUGGUAGAAAAAAUACAAGAGUUCGCCUUGUUUUCCGUGUGCACAUCCCACAGCCCAGUGGAAAAGUUGUCUCACUGCAAGCAGCUUCCAUUCCUGUUGAAUGCUCCCAGCGUUCUGCUCAGGAACUUCCUCAGAUUGAAAAGUACAGCAUCAAUUCAUGCUCAGUCAAUGGUGGAGAAGAAAUGAUAGUUAAUGGCUUCAAUUUUCUACCGGAAUCUAAGAUUGUCUUCCUUGAAAAAGGCCCAGAUGGACGCCCUCAAUGGGAGGUAGAAGGAAAAAUUAUCAGGGAGAAAUUUCAAGGGGUUAAUCUUGUUGUUGAAGUCCCUCCAUACCACAAUAAAAAUGUUACGUCUGCAGUUCAAGUUCAAUUUUAUGUUUGUAAUGGCAAGAGAAAAAGAAGUCAGUCCCAACGCUUCACUUACAUGCCAGUUUUAAUCAAACGGGAGCAUCCUGAUGAGAUAGAACUGCCUGCCAUUCCUACCCUUCCAAUGCCUGUUGCACACACUGCUAGUGUAUCUGGUCUGCAUCAAGUUGGGUCUCAGCUGCCUUCAUCAGAUACUGGCCACCUUCAUGAAAAUUUGGCACCUGCUUCACAGAGGAACCUCGGCCCUCCAAUGCCACAAACAUAUACACCAAUGAUUUCUCCAUCAGUAACAUGCAUGCCACACCUAUCAGGAAGAAGCAUUAGUCCAGGUUCGGAAUGUCCCAUUAUGCCUUCCUUGGGUCACCAGUCCUUCCCAGCACCAGCUCCACCUAUCAGGCCUUCUUAUCAGCCUAUGCAAUCUAACAUGAUGUAUAAUGGACAGCCAGGUCUUCCCAUGAACUCUGUUCCUAGCCAGAGAUAUGAAAAAUUAUCCUAUCAGCCUGAUGUAGCUGGUCCACUUCAAAUCAACCUUGGAUGUCAACAAAUGCAGCAAAUGUACUGUUCUCCAAAUCCAGGUCCAGCUUCAUCACCAUCUCCAACAGCAGCUCACUCUUUGGGACAUUCUCCACACUCUGGACAAACCUCACCACAGCUACAUAGUACAAGUUUAGGAAGUCUAUCAGCACCUCCUCCAUUGACACAUCACAAUGUGUGUGAUCCAUUGCCAUUUUCAACACCAGAGACAGCAUCCAUGAACAUUAAACAAGAACCAGAGGAUAGUGAGUUGCCUUUUCAAGCCAUUGGCCUACAGGAUAUCACACUUGACGAUGUGAAUGAAAUUAUAGGAAGAGACAUGUCACAGAUUCCAACAUCUCGUGCAGCAGCAAUGCAUGCCCAAUCACAGUGUGUCUGUCCUGGAACUUUGGAUAGUGGAAUACCUGAGGGAGUCUGAUGUCAACUACAAACACCACGUAUUCUGCCGAACAUCAACCCUUUCCACAGCCGCCUCCCCCCACCCCAUCUAAACAAACUUGUUGUGCUUCCAAUAUUGUGGCCUUUUAAAAACUGGAACAGUGGAUCCUUGCGUAGUUCCUACAAGAGGUGCUACAGUUCUAUUCUGAAAGUGAACAAUACGGUGUCAGUCCUACAGCGUAAUGCUCUACAAGUCUGUCUCCUGUUGCCUGCAUUUCACUGCAACAGGCAAGAAUUUUGGAGGAAACAUAAGCGACUUUAAUCUACUUUAGGAAUACAUUUAAAGGUGACUCUCCUUUAGUAGAUUAAAUGAAAUAGUAUUGAAUAGUGUUUUAUCACAGUUAAAGUGAUUUGUAUCUACUGUAAAUAGGACUCAUUUUAAGCUAAAAAGGGGGUUUAAUAAGGUGGUAAUAUAAAUAGAUGAUAAACUAAAUUCUGUAAGUAGUGAUGUAUUUGUUAUUCUGUCAUCCUGAAGAGUGCUUAAACAUGUAGGAUGUGCAAAAGGUUUCUUGAAAAUGAAAACUUCCAGAGACAAGAAGCCUGUCCAGUGUAGCCAAUGUCAUGGAAGCCAUAAUCCAAAAUGACUAACAAUUAUUUGUUAAUAGGAAUCAAAGCCAAAUGUGGUACUGCAUUUAUUUCAAAACUUAAAAUGGUAUCUUGUAGAUUCGACAGACCAUUCCAUCAUGGAAAUAUGUGGUUUGGGGUGGAGGGGGUGGGUGGCUGGGAAACAACAUUCCAAAUUCAAGAAGUUUUUGAAACUUUGUCGAUAUGUUUCUCUAUACUUCAAGUUAGCACAAAUACAAGCGCCUUACUAAUUUAGCUUUUAGGAUUUGUCAGAUGCUUUCUUAGAGCUGAUGGAUUUUGUAAUAGGGCUCCUGGAAUAAAUACAUUUUUCUAUGUACAGGGUUUAUGUUGAAGCCAUUGAAAUGUAAUAAGUUAAAUGACUGCAGUUUGCAGAGGAUUUCAAGCAUUUUUGAAGUGUUUUGGUCAUUUGCAUUACCCUAUGUGACACUUAUAUCUCCAGUGGCUGACAUCAUCAAGCAGGUCCUAAAAGAAGCUGUCAUAAAAGCUGUAAGUGCAGAACGGGGCAUUGGGAAAAAAAACUAGUGCUUCAUUCGAACAGCAAUACUGGUAAUUUGACUAAUGAUUAGGAUGGCAUAGACAAGAUAUACUCUGGUUUACAUUUAAUAUGAUUGUAUUUGUACCUAGAGUUUAUAUAGCAUUGCUUUUGGUACAGUGGAAUAUAAUUGAGAGACAUCUUGUUUGUGUUUUUCAUUCAACUCCAAGUAAUACAGUUUACAAAGGACUGGCAGAUAAAUAGUUGCAAUCAUGUUUGUCACCUUAUCAAAUCGUCCCAUUGCAUCCCUAAUCUUUAAGUAUUUAUGAAAACAAUGCAAUUGUCACUGAUACAGGAUACCAGUCUAAGUAUUUAAAAUAAAAACAAAUGAAAUUUAAAGUAUGUAGCUAUUAUUAGGCCAGUUUGUAUCUGUUUCAUGCAGAAUACUCUCUCUAAGGCUGUUUUAUGAAAUAGCAUAAAUGCAUUUUAAAGAAUGAGGCAGGGGAUGAGGUAAUAUAAAAGGUGAAUCAAAGGUUGCUUUUAUUUUUGCCAGCAUAAUAAAUUCUGUUUUUAUUUGCCUGUAAUGCUAGAGAAACGGCUUGUUAAAUGCAAAAUUAACCUGCACCAUACAUGAGCAAUCUAAGAACACAUGAGAAUGUUUAAUUUUACUACUCAACACAAAAGAAAAGCACAAGUUUGAGCUUAAUUCAGAUUGCUGUGGGGCCAGUGAAAAAUCCUAUUCAUAGUUAAUUGGGAGUCAUUAUGUUGUGAGCUUUUAUGAGUUUAAGGUCAACCUUUUAACUGCCAAAUUACAAUUAUAUUAUUGCUUGGUUAGGCACCAUUAAAACCAUUAUUCUAAAAAAUAACGGUUAACUGAGCAGGUUAAUUUGUUAAUGCCACUGCUCUGCAGAAUAGGAAGCUCUGAGCUGAGUAUCAAUCUUAAUGUUAGAUAGAGCUUAUGCAAUAGUGAAAGGUUCAGUUGCUUUCAUUUUCCUAUACUGAGCCAGUACCAUAUAUUCAGGCAUGUUUUAUUUUGCAAUAUAUCUAGCACUUAUAACAUAAAAAAUUCUAUAAAGGCUUAAACUGUUUCCCUGCCUUAGCUUUUGACCUUGGAUAUCAUAGCAUGUGGAGUUUCUAAUGACUGGUGCAUCAUCUGAGUUUUCUUUGUAAAUCCUCUGAAGUGACUUAUGAAGCUGUACUGUACUAGUGUAUGCGAGUCCGUACAACCCCCAGAAAAUCCUAUGCACUGAACCUCCUGAUGCCUUCAAAUUACCUUGACGCCUGAAGAUGUAGGAAAGUCUAGAACUGCUUUUAAAAAAUAAAAUCCUAAAAAAUCUUUGGCUGUGGAUAACCACUUUUCGUCUAUGUAUCUGCUUUGUCAAGGAUUACGUACAAGGGUCUUAAUAAAACUGCAGUUUGUUGCUUUAAAUCUUUCAUAGGAUUGUAAAAGUAAACAACUUCAUGAAAUUAAGUUGUUUUAACCGAUUGUUGUAAAAGCACAGACAUAUUAGGCUAUGCAAAUUCAGUUUUAUAAAGAGCACGUUGGGGUUUUGACCUGUUGUUGGCAUGCACAUAAAAUAAGCUGAUAUUUAUGGUACCCUCUGUACUCCUCUGUGUAUUUCAAAAAAAUUUCCUGACUCAUAUAGAAUGUUUGGAAAGCUGUAAGGAAGCCUUAAUUAUUAUUGUGUUGAAAAACUACAAGAGAAAAAAAUCUGUAAAUUUCAAUGAAUUGGGGUUGCAUUUUAGUAAAAUAAACGACAUUGAGGGUACUGAAGUAUAAUCAUGUUAGUUACAAAAAGGAUGGAAUAGGAUUGUAUAAUUUGGAACUGAAACUGGCUUCAGUGGAAUAUGUUCAUCCUUUGGAAAACAUUACUGUGUCAAUGGAACUGCCAUCCUUUUUUUAACCAAAGAAUAAAAACUUUCAUUUGCUGUUGUGAACACUUGCUUUAAAACUCUAUUUUUGAUACUCAAAACAGAUGUCAUUCCUAAUGGUUGAAUUUGUUCAACAAUUGUAAGUUUUGUAGAAGGAGCAAAACUACUACAGGCUAAGUCAACUGUUUUGCAGAUGUUUACAGAGCCUUGUAAUUUCAUGUACAUUUUGUAUUUUAAAAUUUUGUAAGGAAUUUUAAGAUUGCUGUGCUGUUGAGAGACAUACAGAUGAAAGAACUUGCAUCCUAGGCUCUUAAAUCAUAGUGUUUAAAUAAACUGUAAGAUGUGCAA